UUGCUGUCUGCCGCCCCAGAUGUGGCCAGCAGCUGGAGGCCAAGAUGAAGGACAGACUGAAGGAGUUACAGAGCCAAGUUAGCCAAGGAGGGGACCCCUGUGAGCUGGAUUAUAUUCAGACUUUGACAACCUUGCUUUCAAGGAUCAUGAGGCCAAUCCCAUGGAGAAGUUUUUCCAGGAAGUGGCCAGGCUUUCCUUGGCACUGAAUGAGCUGGAAGGACUGUCGGAGUCGAUAGACAGGAAGCGGCAGGGGGUACUGUGCUGUACUACAGAGGAGAGCACACUGGGGGCCAAGCACGAGCUAAGCCUGCUGAAAGGCUCUUUUGCCAGCUUGGCCCGGUGUGUCCAGCCCCAGCUCAGUGCCAUCCAGCGAGAACUGGCUCCUGAACUUCAGGACUGGAGAGUGGAGCACUGCAUUCGGCAGAGCUAGCUUGCGGUGCUGAUUGGCCGCUACCAAGACACCAUCAGCCGCCACUAUGCCAAGGAGAGUCAGGGUGUGAGGAUGCUGAAGGAGAAAACGGUGAGACAGGCUGAGCUGGCAGGCCUGGAGCUACGCGAGGAAGAAAUUGAACAGCUGGUGGGCAGCCGAUCAUUACCCGGUAUUGUGGGCUGGGACUUAGAUAUGCUGAGGGCCAAGCAGCACCUGGUCAUGGCCCAUAUGAGCCACCAGCAGCUGGUGGACCUGGAGGGCCAGCUGGGGGAGCUGCAGGCCCUUUUCCUCCAGCUGCAGCUACUCAUCUCCGAGCAGCAGGAGCUCCUGGACAACAUAAAGUACAACGUCUUGCAUACCCAGGACUACGUGGCCCAAUCGGCUGCGAUAGUCAAGAGGGCCAUCAAGUACAAGCGCCAAUCACGGCUGUCGGCAGCGCUGUCCGCUGUGGCGGGCCUCUGCACCUGUUGCGCAUGCCUGGCUUGUGUGCCCAAGGCGCUGCACUGAGUGGCCAAGCAGGAGACUUUCUGGGCCAGGCUCCCUGUGCCUUUAGGUCUGGGAUUUCAUCAGUUUCAGGAACUCCCAGGAGUGAAAACUCUCUUCAUUGACGCAGAUCAAUGACUCCUCUGUAGCUUAUAGUCUUGGACUGUAAUGCCUUUGGCAUUGAGAGUUGAAGCAAUUUGCUCAGGGUCACACUGCUAGUGUCAGAGACAGGGCUUGAACCCAGGUUACCAUACCUCUGAUACUACCCAUAUAUUCUCUACACCGAGCUGUCUCUUAAGAAUUUUUUUUAUUACUGUCAAAACAUUCUGGUUCCUGUGACUGGCUGCCUUCAAGGAAUUUAAUCUUAAAGGUUUCUGAUCAAAAUGGACUAUUUUAAGAUUCAUCAUUUAAUUCCCCCCCUUGCCCAGAACCCAAAUCAAACUUUGCCUAAGUGUAAUGUCUGUGCACUGUCACUUUAAAGGGUAUAGAAAUACAAUCUGGAAUGUGUGCAAGUUAACUCUGAAACCACAAUGCACUGUCUCAUUGGUGCUUCCCUCUCAGGCUGGUUUGGAGGGAGAACUGGGUUCUUUUUUCAAGACAUUAUCACAGAUUAAAGACUCCUUGGAGCCCAAGCCGAAACAGAAAGAGGCUGAUAUUUACAUCUAUUAAGUUUAUUCCAAAUCGAAUAUGUAAGUAGAAUAUGUAUGUAUACACACAUAUGGUCCAAUGUUGCUAGCUGGAUACUUUGCUCUCAUGUGCUAUAUUUGUGCAUGUGACCACAACAUAGAAUUAGAAGCACAAGGUGUUAACUCUGGGGUAUUUGCCCCC